AAGACUGCAAGUAAGCCUUUACAAUGUGGGCGUCAACCUGCCUGCAGGGUUGACAGAUGUUACAAAGUUCGUCUUGCACAACAGAUAAAAGUUCGUCUCCACACAGCGUUGGAUCGACAACAUGGCCCAAUAUUCUCGCGUGUCAGGCUCCGUUGGAUUGAUUACUCUCCAAAAUCCACCCGUGAACGCUCUCAGUGCAGCAGUGAGGCAGGGCAUUGUUGACACGGUGAAGAGAGCACUCGGUGACCCAGAGGUGAAGGCGGUGGUUAUCCGUGGACAGAAUGGAGUAUUCUGUGGGGGAGCCGACAUCAAAGAGUUUGGGACGAACAUGUCUGGGCCUCAUCUCGUACCGAUGAUCCACGCCAUCGAGGCUGCGAACAAACCGGUGGUGGCAGCCAUAGAGGGGAUCGCUUUGGGCGGAGGCCUUGAGCUGGCACUUGGCUGUCAUUAUCGAGUCGCACACUCCAAAGCCAGACUGGGGCUUCCAGAGGUGACCCUGGGUCUGCUGCCAGCUGCAGGGGGAACCCAGCGCCUGCCAAGGCUCAUCGGGGUCCCAGCUGCCUUAGACCUCAUCACCAAAGGUCGCCAUAUCACUGCCGCCGAGGCACUGCAACUUGGAGUCGUGGAUCAGGUGACCGGUCACGGCACUGUGGAUGCAGCUGUAAAGUUUGCCCUGAGUGUUGCAGGAAAACCGCUGGAUGCCCGUCGUAUAAGCACCUAUCCAUGUCCACGCACGUCUGAUUUGGAUGCCCUCUUUGAGGGGGUGAUGCAGAAGGUUCGACAAAGUGCCCGUGGAGCCAUAGCACCAAUUGCGUGUGUCCAGGCGGUGCGGGCAGCUGCCACCCUGCCCUACCUCCAGGGAAUGGAGAGGGAGAAAGAGCUGAUGGCCACUCUCUUCACCUCAGGCCAGGCCCGAGCGCUGCAGUACGGUUUCUUUGCUCAGAGAGCCGUCGGCAGGUGGAGCACGCCCAGUGGAGCCCGCUGGGACACAAGCAAGCCUAGGCCUGUACAUAUAGCAGCUGUCAUUGGUCUUGGCACCAUGGGGAGAGGCAUAGCAGUGGCCCUGGCUCAGGCAGGUUUGUCCGUGGUCGCUGUGGAGACCCAGGAGAAGCAGUUGAUGGAGGCAAAGCAGGCGGUGUCAGGCAUGUUGGAGCGAGGGGCUAAGAGACGUGGCGUGGCCCCCGCACUUGAUAAGGUCAGUUACAGCCACGAUAUCAAGGCUGUAGCGGACGCUGACCUGGUCAUCGAGGCUGUGUUCGAGGACAUGGCUCUGAAGAGGACGGUCUUCCGGCAGCUGUCUGCUGUUUGUAAACCAGGCACUGUCCUGUGCACCAACACUUCUGGGCUCGACGUGGAACACCUGGCCUCUCAAACCCGAAACCCGCAGCUGGUGGUGGGGAUGCACUUCUUUGCUCCAGCGCAUGUCAUGAAGCUGCUGGAGGUGGUGUAUGGACCACAGUCCUCUCCUCAAGCAGUGGUCACUGCCAUGCAACUAGGAAAGAAGAUGGGCAAAGUAAGCGUGGCUGUUGGAAACUGCCGGGGCUUUGUGGGGAACCGGAUGCUGAAGCCAUAUCUUGAGCAAGCUUUCUUCCUGUUAGAAGAGGGAGCCACACCUGAAUUGGUGGAUCGUGCACUGGAGGAGUUUGGGUUUCCAAUGGGCGUGUUCAAAAUGUCUGACCUGUCUGGGCUCGACGUGGGCUGGAGGGUCAGGAAAGCUGAUGGGCUGGCAGAACCUGUUGGGGCAUCAGGGCAGCCAGCUCGAAUACGACAAGGCCAACGCUACAGCCCCCUGGGAGAUCUGCUCUGUGAGCAGGGACGGUUUGGUCAGAAAACAGGCCGGGGUUGGUACCAAUACGACAAAUCCGGUGGUCAGGUAGCCAGCUCCGACCCUUGGCUUCACAGCUUUCUGGAGGGGUACCGAGCCAUGCACGGCCUGGUGGCACGCCGCAUAGACCUCCAGGAGGUGCUGGAGCGCUGCCUCUAUGCCCUGAUCAACGAGGGCUUCCGCGUCCUGGAGGAUGGAAUAGUCGCAGGACCCGAAGACAUAGAUAUCAUCUAUGUGUUUGGCUACGGCUGGCCCAGGCACCGCGGAGGCCCCAUGUUCUACGCCAGCAUGGUGGGGCUGGAGAGGGUCUUGGAGAGGCUGGAGCAGCACCACAAGGCUCACCCCGAUGUACCUCACCUGCAGCCCUGCAGCCUCCUGAGGAGGCUGGUGUCCAGUGGCAGCCCACCUGUCCACCGGUGGAGGGAAGUCCUCAAGAAACUCAACAGCCAGCUUUAAAUGUCAUGCACCUCAGCUUUAAUAUAAGACUGCUUUAUAUCAUGUUUUUCAACGUAAUCAUGAUGCUGGUUGAUUUCUGAUAUAUUACAGUUAUGGGUGAUUUUUGUGAUUUAUAAUCUUAAUCUUAUCUCUGACUGGCCUGUGGCCUCGUGAGCCUACACUGAUUUGCCAUGUUUUUAGAGUCAGCUAUACACGGUUCCUUUUACAGUCCUGUCUUUGUGAAAUUUAUCGAGAUUUUGUAUUGUUGUUUCAAAUAUUUUGUCUUGUGUAUUAAACAGCUUUAUUAUCUGUGAUAACAGAGCAGAAUGAAAACUCCUCUCUGAGUCAACAGAAUUUAACAUGUUACAAUUGGAUGUAAUUGGGGGGUGGUCAAUUUGAAUUAAUUACAUUAUACAUGUUCCUAAUAAACUAGUGUAUAGUAGGAUUUGAAAAAAAAUCCACUGAGAUAUGUGAAUACCUUGUGUAACUUCGAUCUGCAAUGACUGAUUUCUAUGAAGAUCGCAUUUAGAAUUAAGGUGAUGAUUUGACAGAUUGUCCUAUACUAGGUUGGUUAUUUAUCAGUCAUCUACAAUAAAUGUGUACCAUGUGUACAAAAUAUGCAUUUGAUUGCCUCAAUAAAGAAAUGACACAUA